AGCAAGUUGAACUUUGGUGGGAAAAAGCAAAACAGAAAAAUGGAAAUGCAUACUCAUUAUAGCCAACUGUUUUUUGAGUCUCAAGAAAAGUAACCGCCUAAAAUACAGUUGCAUGGGUCAGCACAGCCAACACCACACGCGCACAAAAAGAAAACAUCAAAAAGCAAAGAAGGAUCCCCACACACACACAUACAUAAGACACUCUUUGCUUUGCUUUGCUUCAUUCUCAUAAAGAAAGUGAAAUUCUUUACUCAAUCUCAAACGCAAACUUCAAUAAUGGAUCAUCAUCUCCUUCUCUCCUUCGGCUUCCUCACUCUCUUCUCUUUCUCGUUUUUCUCUGAUGUUAAUUCAAUUUCUUUCAAAUUCAUCAACAAGUGCCGCUAUACCGUCUGGCCGGGCCUACUCUCCGGCGCUAACACUCCACAGCUACCUACAACAGGCUUCGCUCUCAAACCCGGAAAAUCAAGAUCCGUUUCCAUACCAGCAGCCUGGUCGGGUCGGGUAUGGGGGCGGACUCAUUGUUUCCAAUAUUCCUCCGGUAAAUUCUCUUGUCUAACCGCCGACUGCGGUUCCGGUAAAAUCGAAUGCUCUGGCAGCGGCGCUAUUCCUCCGGCGACUUUGGCGGAGUUUACUUUAAACGGCGCCGGGGGUUUGGAUUUUUACGACGUCAGCUUAGUCGACGGAUAUAAUCUUCCGAUGCUUGUGAUUCCGAAGAAAGCUACCAACGGAAGCUGCGGCGCUACCGGUUGUCUGAUUGAUUUGAAUUUUGCGUGUCCUAAGGAGUUGAAGCUGGCGGCGCGUGGGAAUAGCGAGACUGGUGUCGCGUGUAGGAGCGCGUGUGAGGCUUUUGGAGAACCACAGUUUUGUUGUAGUGAUGGUUAUUCAACGCCUGACACGUGUUCACCUUCGAUUUAUUCUUUGUUCUUUAAACAUGCUUGCCCACGCGCGUACAGUUAUGCGUAUGAUGAUAAGACUAGCACCUAUACUUGUGCCAAAACUGAUUAUUUGAUCAUAUUUUGCCCGCUGCCAUAUACGAGCCAGAAAUUGCUUGAAACACGAAAGGAUGGGGCACAGCUUCCACUGGUAAACAAGACUAUGAUGUACUUAUCAAGCAAAUCCGUAAUCAGCACAGGCAGAUAGUAGCACAAAUUCUAGCUGAAAGGGUAAUCUUCCUGCAUAUUGUAUUAGCUCUCUGUCGACUUCCAUAAGUUGAAGAUGGAAGAAAUGAAUGAAGCAACUGCAUAAUCGCAACGUCUGGUGGGACUUGUCAAAUGUCAACAGUGUAUAUUCCUUCCUCUAUAUCCUAGUUAGCUUUCUGCUUUCUGAAAUAUAUCUCAUAUUGAAUUUUUUUUUUGGAAUAUUAUAGAGUACCGAUAUCUGUUUUACAUCAUAGUUUUUGCAAUGAUAGAAUAUAAAUGUUAAAGAAAAGAAAAUAGCUACUUUUAGUGAGAAAAGCUUUCCCUAAACCCUGGAAAGGAAAGUGGUUUUAUUUUUUCAUUUGUAGAGAUUGGUUUAUUGCAUAUUUGAUAUUGAUAAACAUUUUUCUAUCUUGUAUUAUUCAAAAUGUUACUAUUCCCCUUU